AGCAGAAGAAACUCACGUUAAACAUGGCUGCAGAAAGUAAGUGGGCAUAGCAAGAAUGGCGUUUCCCCAGCCGCGACCACAAGCCCCCCAGCUGCCCCGGCACCUUCUCCGUACAGUAGACUGCCAGCAAGGCGCAGUCCGGGCGGUGCGCUUUAACGCCGACGGCAACUAUUUGGUGACGUGCGGAAGUGACAAAACCCUGAGACUGUGGAGCGUGAGCAGAGGGGUCCAGCUGAAGAGCUACAGCGGCCACGGCUACGAGGUUCUCGACGCUGACGGCUCUUUCGAUAACAGCCAGCUGUGCUCGUGCAGCUCGGACAAGACUGUGAUUCUCUGGGACGUCGCGACGGGACAGGUCACGCGCAAACUUCGCGGACACGCUGGGAGAGUGAACUGCGUGCGUUUCAAUGAAGAGGCCACAGUAAUGCUGUCAGGCUCUAUAGAUGGCACGGUGCGCUGCUGGGACACUCGCUCCCGGAGGAUGGAGCCGAUUCAGGUUCUGGACGAGGCCCGAGAUGGCGUCAGCAGUCUGAAGGUGUCUGAGCAUGAGCUGCUGACCGGUUCUGUGGAUGGCAGAGUGAGGCGCUAUGACCUACGCAUGGGUCAGCUCCACGUUGACUUCAUUGGCAGUCCGAUCACGUGUGUGUGUUUUAGUCAGGAUGGCCAGUGUACUUUGAGCUCCAGUCUGGAUUCUACUGUGCGUCUGCUGGACAAGAGCACAGGAGAGUUACUGGGAGACUACACAGGACACCAGAAUAAAGACUAUAAACUGGAAUGCUGUCUGUCACACAAAGACACUCACGUCUUGAGCUGCUCGGAGGACGGCUGUGUCUACUUCUGGGACCUGGUGGAGGGCUCACUGACACUGAAGCUGCCUGUGGGGAAAGCUGUCGUCCAAUCACUGUCCUUCCAUCCAACUGAGCCCCGCCUACUGACAGCCAUGGAGGGGCGUGUGCAGGUUUGGGGGGUGGAGCUGGAGGAAACCGAGGUGGAUAAUGAGCAGUGACGGGUGAAAGUGUCUCACCGGAAAAUGUCAAAUUUCUUUGUUAGUAUUGAUUUUGUUAAGCUAUUUUUCUACCUUACUAUGAAUAAAUGUUUGGAUCAACAUUUUUUUCCUUGUUUAGAAAAAUUUAAGGUUAAAAUAGAGUUGUUCCUAACUUUUAAUUUGACAUCUCAGCUUUAAAUAGUAACAUAGUUGCUUCUUGUUUCUUAUAAAA